AUGUAAAUUCGUUAAGAGUAAGUAUAUAUAAUCAUUUAAGACGAGAUUUCGAUUGUGAAUCAAUUAAAAAUGCCCUUAGAACUAUAAAUUAAAGACUCAAUUAUCUGCAGAAAAUAAUUCCACCUGAAAUUAAUGUAGAAAAGGAUCCCAAAAUACCAAAAUUGAAUUUAAAAAAAAUAGGAAUUGUUCAAGAUGAAAAUAAAUAAAUACAGAAAUAAGCAGCUGCAAAUUUUGGAACUAACCAUUAGAAAUCAACAGAUUAAUAAAUUAAAGUUCCCUUCAAAAUGAGAAGCUAAUCAUUUAAUAAUAAUAUUGGAUAAACAUUGCUUGAAUAAAAUCCAAAGAAUUUAUUUCCUUCAAAUGUCUAAAAUCCUUAUCAUUUAAAUGAGAAAAUUCAAUUUAAUAACGAAUUUGAUAUUCAAAAAAGAAGUUAAGAAAUACUAAAUAAGGCAAAUAACAAUAAAGAAAAUAUUUCAAUACAAUAUCAAUAUCAUAUGCCACCUGCUAAAAUUGCUUAGCAUUAAGAGCAUCAACAACCAAUCAUAUAGAAUAAUUAAUCAAAGAUAAAUGUCACUCCAGUGAAAAUCAUUUCUAAAAAGUCUUAGCCCAACCCACAAAUUAAUCAUAAUCAAUAUUAGCAUCCCAUCAUUCAUCAAUAGUUAUAAUUUCAGUAAGCUAGUUAGCAAUAUGUGAAGUAAUAAAUUCUAAUUAGAAUUUUAGAGUUAUAUAAAAUUAUGAAUCCACAAAUGGUCCAAUUUUACAAUGUCGACCAUCUCAACAUCAUAAUUCCAGAUCUUCAUCAUUUCAUAACUUAGACAACUAUCAAAUUGAAAAAAAAAUAUGA